UGAAUGUCUGGUAUGAAUGGAGACAUGGAGUCUCAGUUUGGGGGACUGAAUGUGAACGCCGCAGUUUUUGUUCCAUCUUGGGGACCCCCACCACCAGCAGUCUCAUCACCGCAACAACCGCCGCCGCCGGAACCCAGUCAACAAGUGAAUGGACUGAGCAACGGACAAGCUAAGAUGCAAGAGGCCCCGGACGAUUGGGAUAGGAUGGACGAUGAUCCAGCUAAACCACUUGAUGAGGAUACCAAUGAAAAAAUGGUUGUUGAAACUGCAGCCGGAGACAACCAAGCAGUAGAUUCCGUGCUCUCUUCAGAGUGUUCUGAAACGUCAAUCAAAAAUGAAGAAUCCCCAGAAGUCGAGGAGACCACAGCCGUGAAGUCGGUACCACAGAUCCCAGUGCCACCUAAAGAGGCUGUGGCACCCCAGAAAGAACACUUAAACUUGGUUUUCGUCGGACACGUAGACGCUGGCAAGUCUACACUCGGUGGACAAAUCAUGUACCUCACAGGAGAAGUGGACCAGCGGACUCUGGAAAAGUACCAGAGAGAUGCCAGGGACCAAAACAGAGAAUCUUGGGCUCUUUCCUGGGCCUUAGAUACAAAUGCGGAGGAACGGGAAAAGGGCAAAACUGUGGACGUUGGUAGAGCUAGUUUCGCAACAGAAGCCAAAACAUUCACAAUUCUGGACGCACCAGGCCACAGAAGCUAUGUUCCGAACAUGAUUGGAGGAGCUGCACAAGCGGACGUUGCAGUUUUGGUUAUCUCGGCUCGAAAAGGAGAAUUCGAAACCGGGUUUGAAAAGGGAGGUCAAACGAGAGAACAUACAAUGUUGAUUAAAACAGCCGGAGUUAAAUAUGUAAUUGUGGCUAUAAAUAAAAUGGACGACCCAACUGUUGAAUGGAGCGUGGAGAGAUACGAAGAAAUAGUAAACAAACUGACGCCUUUUCUGAAGAAGUCUGGAUUUAAGAAGGACGAUUUCCACUUCAUGCCUAUUUCUGGACUCACUGGCGUCUUUAUUAAGGACAUGCCGUCCCCCAACCCCUUCCCGCACUAUGAUGGGUCAUCGCUCCUCACUUUUCUAGAUGACAUGCCCAAAGUUAAACGUAUGGACGGGCCUCUAAGAUUACCUAUUGCGGGCAAGUACAAAGACAUGGGUGUGGUGGUCUGUGGAAAAAUAGAAAGUGGCUUCAUCAGUUUGGUGGCAGCCGCGAAGGGCACAGCGGGUCUGGGGGCAGUGGGCAAGAGUGAGGUGGUGCUGAUGCCUGCGAGGAAGGAAGUUAGUGUGCUGAGCAUAUUCGCAGACAAGGAGGAGACAGAGAUGGCCUACACUGGCGAAAACGUUGAGGUCAAACUCAAAGGUAUUGAGGAGGACGAGAUCUCGAACGGGUUCAUGUUGUGUGACAAGUCAGAUGUGUGUCACGUGAGCAAGAAGUUCGAGGCACAGAUCCACAUAGUGGACUAUGAGUCCAUAAUUGCUCCUGGAUUCACAUGCAUGAUGCACUGCCACACGGCCAUCGAGGAAGUGGUUUUCAAGACAUUUGUGUGCAACGUCGACAAGAAGACAGGCAAGAGAACCGACACCAAACCGCGUUUUGUGCGGCAAGACGGUAUAGUGGUGGCAGUGAUGCAGGCCAGUCGUCCAGUGUGUCUGGAGAUGUACAGCCAGUAUCCCCAGAUGGGCAGAUUUACACUGCGCAGCAACGACAAAACCAUCGCAAUGGGCAGGGUCGAGAGACUCAGCUCCAAGUCCAGUUCCAACACUAACAACAACAACGCCUCAUCAUCCGCACAGCAGAAUAAUUCAGACUCCAAUCCCUCCUCAUCGAAUAGCAAUGCGGCCAAUUAGAAUCGAGCCAGCUUCGCUGUCGUUUCAGGGCACAAUUCCAAUAAAAUCAUUUUUUUAGGCUCGUUUGAAGAGCACGGACAUAGCAUGCGUUACACGAUCCUCGUGCCUUUAUGUCAGUGACUUAGUGUUAUAAUUUAGGAACUUAAAAAGUACAAGUUCCUAUGUUAUCUGCUUUCCCUGUUCCGAUUGAUAAUAGCUGACAACAUAUUUUUUGCCCUCCGGCUUGAUUUAAUUCGCUAAUUUGCUAUUCGGGUGUCAUGGUUUUUUUCGAUAUUUAAACGAAAUAUAUUUUGCGUUCGAUAGAACCGAAUGAGAACUGGAAUGAUAAAGACGCUUUAUUAUCUGCAUAAUUAUCAAUUUUCUGUUUAUUUGCGCUUUGUUUUACCAUGGAUAAUUCAGCGUUUUUCUGAUUGA